UAAAGAAAUGAAUCAUGUGAUGAGAAUAAGGAUUCGCAGAUGCUUUGCAGAUGAUUAAUUAACACCAAAGGGAUUAAUGAAAACGAAUAUUAUUAUUAUUUUUUUCUGACAUGAAACUACUCAUUUCAGUAGUAUAAUCAUGAUUUUUGCUAUAACAACUAAUGUUAUAUACAAUUCAACUAUGUGUAUUUAUUCACCGAAUCCUGGGAACAAUGCACACUUAAACAUGCUUAUUACAUAAUACCUGGAAUGAAAACUCGUCAAAAACAAUAUUAAUAAUAAUAAUAACAACACUAUAUAAUGAAGUAUAAGUCGAAUUCCUCUCUGGAUUCUAUUUCUGAGUUAAGUGAAAGUGAAAUAAGUUAUCUAUCUUCAGGGAAUUUGUGUAAUCAACAUCAGCUGACUGAUGGUAUUCCCCUAGAUUGCAUCUGUACAGAUAAGACAAAGUGCACGUCAAGUACACAAACAUGUGCUAAACUAUGGGAUUCAGUAAUCAAAAAGCGUUUAUCUCACAGUAUCGAUUUUAUGCGUGAAAUCAGUUGUAGAAGUCUAAUGAAUGCUCCUUAUUUAUCACCAGGAAAACUGAAUAACGGAAUGCCAAGUUCAUGUCUCCUUCGUAAAUAUCAAUCUCCCAAUAAAUUAUAUCGAAUUAGGAAGCGUUUACAAUCAAAAGAGAAUAUAAAAAGUAAUCGGUUUGUGAAUCGAAAUGACACAGAACAUACUCACCGCAACCUGAAAUUAUACACUAAGCCUAAUACUUAUACAUAUUUAUCAAACUAUGGAAAUGUUUUAAGCGAUAGCGAUGAAUCGUUGUCAUUUGAAGGUAUGAAACAUCUUGUUCCAAUAUCAACAAUUCCUAGUCCCUAUAUACCUUGUGAUGAAGAAACAUAUUUACUGAAUAUUCAAUCAAAUGCAAAGCAAAACGAUGGCCAAUUAGGGAGAAAUAUACCAAGAGUUAAAUCUGAGGAAUUACUCAUCAUACAGUGUGAUAAGUUAGCUGAAAAUCUUUCUGUAAAUUGUAUGUGUAAUCGAAGUGAAUUACCCAAUUCUUUAGGUGUUUCGCAGCAUGGGAAUUUUAUAAGCCUAAACGAGAAUCUCAAGACGAAUUGUCACAGGGGCAGUAAAAAGUUAGAUGGAGGCAGUAACUUUUCUAAGAAUGGCAAAACACAACCGAGUUUAUAUGUAGGUGAAAAAGACAGAAAUUGUAGUAAAAUUUUACAAAAAUAUCAAUUGAAACCAGUCAAAAAUACAUCGACUAAAAAGACUCCUUUGACAAAAUCACCAACUGAUGCACUUGAGCGUAGUGAGUUAACCAACGUUCAUACAUAUAAUGCUUACGUCAAGUGUAAAUCGUCAAAUGGACUGAAAAAAAAAGAAAAAAUUGGUGUGAAAAAGUGUUCAGCGUCUAAAAAUUUAAUUCAUCCAUCAUCUACACCAUCUCAUCAUCGUCAACAUCAUCAUUAUCACUCCUUAGCGUGUCAACCGAAGCCAUCGAAUUCCACGUACUCACAUCCUGCAGAUAAACAAAAACAGCGCAGAGAUGUAGAAAAGAAAUCAAGCAACACUAGGUCUGUUAAUAAGCGUGAUUCACGAAGUCCAAAUAGACAUGGUCAACUAUCCUCUCAUGAACAUCGUGUUUCUUUAAGUCGAGAUAAAAAGCGACAUCAUUCAUUACCACCUGGGAAACAGAAAAGACAUAACACUGCCUUUCUAACAAAGAAACAAAUUCUUGAUGCAAGUAAACACGUCUCUCCAGACGUCUAUGUAAUGCUUGGAGCAGAAAAUCGUUACUCCUUGAUUAGUCAUUAUAUUAGACACAGUCAGGAACAUCUGUCACCGGAUUUACCCGCUGUUUCUUCCGCACUCGUCCCAGUAAUUAAUCGUAAUUAUCCCACUACUACUACUACUAAUAGCCUCCAUCACAAUUUAAAUAAACCGGUUAAAUUGAAACAAGGCUGUGUUCAAUAUUCACUUGAACAACAAACCAAUAUUGAUUCAUUUGAUAAUGAUGAUAUCUCUAUACUUACUAUAUUACCAAUAAUCGUAGUGAAAUAUAGUUUGCAAACAUUUAUGUUUCAACCAGCUGAAAAUAUUCAAAUUCUUAAUAACACAGUUGACUUGAAUCAAUUCUACUCGCGUUGUAUGCCAGUAAUACCGUUUAUCAGGAAACGAUUGACUACCUCGGUCGACCGGUUGCUGCCUAGUCAUUAUAAACAACUAAUCAGAAGCUUAGUUUAUUAUUCCCCAGUAAAUUAUCACCUCAGGGAUAACUGGAUCGGUGAUAAAAAUGCUUUACAUUGUAAUUUUAGUGAAUUAUUUCAAUCCAAUCUUAUCUGGAUGAUGAUUCGAUGUGAAAAAGUCAUUAAUCAAUCACAUGUGUAUCAACUUAUAACUUCUAUGUGCUUGAAUAAUUCGUUGAUAAUGCAAAUACCGCUUGAGUGUUUAGACCAUUACAAAAUUUUUAGUAAUAUUGAAAAAUUGGACUCGGAUACCCCACUUAAAGGCAUAAAAAAGAAUGAAGGGGACAAUGCGCCUCUCCGUCCUCCUUCGACUAUGACAAAUACUCCUCUAACUACAAAAACAGCAUUUGAGCAACACUCAUGUGGAUUGUCUUCAUCAUCAUCAACAUCGUGUAACAGAGUACACACGCUGUGUCAUAAACAUCCAGUGUCAUUUUGUAAAAAAAUAGCAAAUUUUCUAUUUUGUUAUUGUGGGAAUUUCUCUUCAGGAUCGUCUGUAUCUUACACGCAUUAUAAUAGUGAUCUUUCGCUAUAUGAUUCUUCGAAUGAUUUCAUAAAUAAUUCAAAAAGUGAUUUUAUCUACUUAUUAGUUAAUGAGUAGUAUAAGAAAAUAUUACAAAGAAAAGGAAUGAUUUCAGAAUGUGUCAACAACGCUUUAUUCUACAUCUUUCAAAUGGUAAUAAUAUUAAGUAAUAUGGGAAAUACAUUCCAUUAACUUCUGAUAUUUACUGAAGACAAUAUUUCUAUUCUAUCGUAUGGAGAUCUAUGAAACAGGGUGGAAUUAGAUUUCAGUUGACUUCGUCGAAUGUUCAGGGGCAAUACGACUAAUCUCCGUGGCUAAUUUAUUCAGGAUCCUGGAGUCCUACCUAUGCCACGAAAAGAAAUAAGACGAAUAGCCUGAAAAGUCUGUUAACCGAUAAUGUUACCUUUUAUUUUAGAGGAUUCUUUACUCUCUUAUUUACUUCGAUGUGCAUUUGUAUUCUGAAACAUUGUUUCUGUAACGUUUUCUUUCAGUUGAAGUGUAAAGUGGGGAGAAUAAAGAAA